UUUAAUUUAGCAUACGUUUCUUAUUUUACAUGUUAAUUCACAGCAUAACUCAUGAUACUGUACAAAAACCUAGUGAAUUGAAAUAUGUACAAGUACUUUAGAAAUAUUUAAAAUUUUGUUCUGGCAUUUUGGGUAGAAAUCCGUAUUUUUCUUAUCAAAUGUAUGUGAUUGUGUGCAAAGCAAAUGGUUCCUAUGUAGAUUUUCCGAUAAAAUUGCAUGUUAAAAGCCUUAAUCAUAUAUGUGGCUUACCUAAAUUGUAUCCUUUUGUUUUUAUGUCUUAAAUAGAAAGACAAAUUUACAAUUCAUGAGUGUACUUUUCUUUAAAUGGUUUGGAUUUGCUUGACUUCAUUUACAAAUGCCUUGUCUUUAAGAUUUUAAAAACAAUAAAAUGCAAAUAGAAAAAGUAAUAAAAUAUCCUCUUAAAAGAUUGGUCCAUCCUUAGUUUAUAUAUUUUACUGAGCCGUUGACCUCAAACUAUACUCAUGGUACAUUGAAGAUGUUCGUCAAGAGAAAAGCAUUGCCCUGCGCUGUUAUCUUUAUACGGUUGAUUCUAGUUUUUACCCAGAAUGAAGUUGUGAACUGGAAAUCUUCGUGGAGUUCUGCUAAUUCCCUGUGUGAGUUGGCAGGUUCCAUGCUGACAGGGGAGGUAACAGCAGAAAAAAUAGACAUCACUGACAUCACCAAUGAGGAACAGCCAUACUGGAUUGGAGCGGUUUCACUCCACACUCCGUGGUUUGAUGUUUUCACAUGUAAGGUAGUGACCCAGAGGGAUUUCAUAAAAAAAGUUAACAUCCAAGUGAAUGACAAUAACCGGCCUGUACAUCAAUGCUUUCAAGAAUGUGAACAGUACAGAGUGUUUGGUUUGUCUACAAAUGCAUGCUUUUGUUUCAACAAACUACAAAUCUCUGGGGACCUUUGCCAAAAUAGAAGAGUGUCACCUACCUCUUUUGAUGUGUAUGGAUACUCCAACAGUGCGGGGAUCGACCAGGCCGCUGUAGUACAGUAUGACACAAAUUCUCUGAACCCAAGACCCUUUCCUUACAAUGGUACAGGUACCGGAGAUUGUGUAGCAGCCAUACUUGUUCCGGGAGAAUCUUUGUCUUCUAGAUCUUCUCACAAAUUAUUGCCCUGUGAUAGCCGGCUACCAUACAUUUGUAAUGGUCAGCUUGUCUCUGGGCCUGUUGACUGGGCGGACGCAGUCCUACAGUGUGACGUUGUGCUGAGCUCUGUCCACCAAGGACUCUACUCCAUGGAUGUACAGAGUACAACUGUAGCAUGGACCGGGAUUUCACGUCGCAGUGACCUCUACUGGACGGCCGAUGUUGCCUUAAAUGAAAAUUCUCUUUUCAACUGUUUGGCCGUAAGGAUAAUUGCAAACGGUGAAGCGUCCAUCUCCAAGAAAGACUGCAAAGAAGAGUUACCAUUUCUCUGCAAAAAGGGUACGAAAGCAGUUUCCUGCAUACCAAUUUUUUUUAAUUGUUAA